CAUGAGGAGUAAAAGCACACAGACUACAGUGUUAACCAGGGAAAUUGGUGUAGGCCCUUCCAGGCCUUCUCGACAAGCUUCCCAGGAUUCCACAACUAUUAAUGGGUCCUCUAAGAGGCAACGUUUUGAUUCGGAGGAGGAUGAUCAUCCUUUGGAGGGAUCUGAAUCUGAACUAGCAGCCAAUACAUACAACAGAUGCCCGUCCUGUGGUCCUGAAGCUGAUUUGGAGAAAGCUCCUCAUGGCUCACCUAUCAUCUCAAACCACCAGUGUCUCCAGUGUGAGGACAGGAACCAGUGGAAAAGCCUGGUCAACGGCAGCGUCCUAGCAGCUUUAGCCAAAGACCUGACAGAGGACACAAAUUUAGCUGCCCAGGCAACAUCAACAAAAAACAACCAUGGCAUCGUCACAGAUGAGUCUGAGAUUGUUGCAGUUAUUGAUGAGGAAAGAGAUGACAUUGAUGAAGAUGAUAUGGAUUCAGAUGAGGAUUGGGAUUUCAAUGAGGCCAUUGAACUUCAUGAUAUAUACAGCGAGGAAAGCGACUACGAUAAUUCAGAUCUCAUGCUCAAUCAGCUCUGCACAGAUUGUGGGGUGUUUUGCCAUAUGUUAUGCCAACACACUUGCCAGUACAAAAUUAAGCCUUAUUCUUGCAAUCUUUGUGGCAAGAGGUGUGUUAGCGAAAUUGCUCUAAACACUCACAACAAAAUUCACAGCGAAGGCUACGAACAUCGGUGCAAAUACUGCAAUGAUGCAUUCAAAUCAAAGAGAGACAAGAUCAUUCAUGAGAAGAUUCACGUAAACGAUGAAAAACCCUACAAGUGUUCUGAUUGUUCAGAGACAUUUUCCACACACAAAGGGCGCAGGAUACACCAGAACAAGCAUAUACCUCGCAAACUAACAUGUCACAUUUGUGGGACUGAAUUUGUAAGAAGCAGUGCUCUUCAAAGACACAUUCUUGUGCACACAGGAGAGAAGCCAUAUGAUUGUUCAGUGUGCCAACAAAGCUUCAAACAGUCGAACCACCUGACGUCUCACAUGCGCCUGCACACUGGAGAGAGACCCUACAAGUGUCAGCACUGUGAAAAGUGCUUCAAUCACAACGUGAGCUUGAAGAGUCACGUCCAACGCUACCACUCAUCGAGAUCUGGACAUGAACAAAAAAAGUCAGAUCAAAGUGCAAGUCACAGUUGUGACACGCUGGAAGAUGGGGAUAGAAGAGCUACAGACUCUGAGCCUGACAAUGGAGAUGAAGAACUGGAUACAGAGGAGGAGGAGAGGAUGUACAAGCCAAAAAAGAAAAAGAGAAGUACAGGUAGACCCAUAGGAAGACCAAAGAACUUAGUUCUUGCAGUUCAAACAGAGGGAACUGGAACAAACAGUAAAAAUUUAAAACUACAAAUGCAGGAGACACAGAAUAAACAACACAGGAAUGAAAAAAAUGAGGAUGAGCUCAGCGACAGCAACCAAGCCUCUACAUCAGCACAGGAGGAAGAAAACGCAGUGAAACCAGCAGAAUGUUUGGACAAUGACUCUGAUUUUGGUCCAGAAGAGACACAAAAAAAGAAACGCAGCAAACAGGUCAAUGAACACGAUACAGAGCAGGAGGAGAGGACAAAUAGACCUAAAAAGAAAAGGAGGCACACAGGAUAUCUGAGCAAUGCUGACGGCAACCAAGCAUCUGAGUCAGCCCAGGAGGAAGAGAACACGAGAGAGGAGACGAUUAAGAGCACAGCAAAACCAAGGGAUGUGGACAAAGACUGUGGUUCUGACCCAGAAAAAUGCAAACAUAAAGAAACACAGCAACCACAUGAGUCGUAAAAUCACAGGACAGCGUAAGGGAAGCCAGCAAAAAGAUCUGAAGGUGUAGCUUUGUAGCAGAGACAUUUAAUAAAACUGUAUAGAUUUCUAGAAAAUUGUUUAAUGGGAGACAAACUCCCAGGAAUAGUUUGUCAUCGUCACUGUGUCACUAAAAUGUUCUGUGGUUCAGAAAUAAAAACAUGCUGGUGUUA